AUGGAUGAUGCUUAUGAGCUAGUACCACCGACUGAUAUUGAUGUUGUCGAACUAAUGUCAACUUCGGAUGAUGAGGCUACUGAGCAUGUUGAGUCAAAGCCAUUUGGAGGAGGCCAUGUAGAGUUGUCACUACUGCCUCUGUAUCCAUACUAUAUUGUGAGACAUAUUUGGGACAGAGAGGUUCUUGCUACGAUUUUAACUUUGUGGUUAGCAGACGAAUCUGGUCGCCGGCUUUUACUUAUUGUUUCUUCAUCUGCAAUGGCUUUGAGUCUUUUGGUUGUUUCAAUAUCAUUCUACUUGAAGGAAUAUAUAUCACCAGAUUCUGAUUUAUAUGCGACACUGAGCCUCGUAUCGGUGGCUGGAGUUGUGGUCAUGGUUAUUGCAUUCUCUCUGGGAUUAGGAGCAAUGCCAUGGAUUAUAAUGUCUGAGAUUCUUCCGAUUAACAUCAAAGGCCUAGCUGGAAGUUUUGCAACACUUGCCAAUUGGUUCUUUUCCUGGUUGGUUACAUUAACAGCAAAUUUGCUCUUGGAUUGGAGUUCGGGAGGAACCUUCACAAUAUAUACUGCAGUGUGUGUUUUCACAGCAGGAUUUGUUGCCAUUUGGGUCCCCGAGACAAAGGGAAAAACUCUUGACGAAAUACAACAGUUUUUCAGAUGA